CCUGUACCAAUCACAUUGGCUGUAGGAGGAGUUAAAACGCUCGGAGGUGUGUCUGAAGAAUACGAGUCUACAGCUGCAUACUGUAUCCAACUCGAGGAGUAAUGGUAUGAGUACUGCUUUGUACUGUUAAGACCGGCUUUACAGUGCGCGCGUUGGAAACUAACAUUCGACUCUUUCUUUUUUCACGUCAGUGACAAAGUAAGCCCGCAGGCACCGAGAGGCGAGGCGGGGAAGUCGAACAAACUGUAAACUUAGUCAAAAGCGACUUAAGUCCCCGAACUCACAGGCUGACGAUUCAUCCUCUCUGGCUGUUUCAAGGAAGGAUACGCCGCUGGACAUGUGAAUUUAAAGGAGAUAAUUGCCCAGCACAACAAUGAAACCAACGACUGCCCCGUGUUGCUUCGGCUUUCUCCUGACUUGCCUCUUGUUUGGGUCGAGCUCUUCACAAUCAGUAUGUGCUGGUACAGAGAACAAGCUGAGCACAUUGUCGGACCUGGAGCAGCAAUAUCGCACCCUAAGGAAAUACUACGAGAACUGUGAAGUUGUAAUGGGCAACCUUGAGAUCACGAGCAUCGAUCGGAGUCGGGACCUCACCUUCCUCAGAUCUAUUCGAGAAGUGACAGGCUAUGUGCUUGUGGCCCUGAACCAGUUUGACUACCUGCCUUUGGAGAACUUGAGGAUCAUCCGAGGAACCAAGCUGUACGAGGACCGCUACUCCCUCGCAAUCUUCCUCAACUACAGACGUGAUGGGAACUUCGGCCUGCGCCAGUUGGGUCUGAAGAACCUCACAGAGAUCCUGAGUGGAGGUGUUUAUGUCGACCAGAACAAGUUUCUGUGUCAUGCAGACACAAUCCACUGGCAAGAUAUUGUCAAAGACUCGCGGAACCAUCCUGUGGUGGUGCCCACCAACAGCAGCGUUACAUGUCAAAAGUGCCACCGUUCCUGUAAUGGUCGAUGCUGGGGACCGAAGGAGGACCAGUGUCAAAGUUUAACUAAGACAGUGUGUGCAGACCAGUGUGACGGCCGUUGCUUUGGUCCCUAUGUUAGUGACUGCUGCCAUCGUGAGUGUGCAGGUGGCUGCUAUGGACCAAAGGACACAGACUGCUUUGCCUGCACCAACUUCAAUGAUAGUGGGGCAUGUGUGACCCAGUGCCCCCAGCCAUUUGUCUACAACCCCACCACCUUCCAAUUGGAACACAACCCCAGGGCAAAGUACACCUAUGGAGCCUUCUGUGUCAAGAAGUGUCCACAUAACUUUGUGGUGGACCAUAACUCCUGCGUCAGAGCUUGCCCCAGUAACAAGAUGGAGGUGGAGGAGAACCGCAUAAAAAUGUGCAUUCCUUGUACUGACAUAUGCCCCAAAGCAUGCGAUGGCAUAGGUACAGCCAGCCUUCAGGCUGCUCAGACAGUGGACUCCAACAACAUUGACAAGUUUGUGAACUGCACCAAAAUCAAUGGCAACCUGGUGUUCCUUAUUACUGGAAUCAAAGGGGACGUCUAUCACAAUAUUGAAGCUUUGGACCCAGAAAAACUCAGUGUAUUCCGCACUGUCCGGGAAAUCACAGGCUUUCUGAACAUCCAGUCUUGGCCUGACAACAUGACAGACCUGAGUGUUUUCUCCAACCUGGUGACUAUUGGGGGUAGAGCGCUGUACAGUGGGAUCUCCCUGCUGGUUUUAAAGCAGCAGGGCAUCUCAUCACUGCAGCUUCAGUCUCUAAGAGAGAUCAGUGCUGGGAAUGUCCACAUCGCAGAGAACAGCCAGCUUUGUUACUACAACACUGUCAACUGGACAAAACUGUUCCGCGCCGCAAACCAGAAGGUUCUGGUCCGCAACAAUCGAAGCCCGCAGGACUGCUCCAGGGACCACAUGGUGUGUGACCCGCUGUGUUCAGACGCAGGGUGUUGGGGUCCUGGACCAGACCAGUGCCUUUCCUGCAGAUACUUCAGCCGUGGACGAACCUGUGUGGAUACCUGCAAUCUUUAUGAAGGGGAUAUUCGAGAGUAUGCCAACGGGUCAGUAUGUGUGGAGUGUGAUGCCCAGUGUGAGCAUGCCGACGAUGACUCUUUGACCUGCCAUGGUCCGGGCCCAGAGCAUUGUAUAAAAUGCCUUCAUUUCAAAGAUGGUCCAAAUUGUGUGGAAAAGUGUCCCGAUGGUCUGCAAGGUGCAAACAGCUUCAUCUUCAAGUAUGCCGAAGCCAACAAUGAAUGCCAUCCCUGCCAUAUCAACUGCACCCAGGGGUGCAUUGGACCAAGACUGCAAGACUGUAUUGGCUGGAUGGACAGAACCCCUCUGAUCGCAGCAGGAGUGAUCGGCGGCCUCUUCAUGGUGGUGAUCAUGGUGCUGAGUGUAGCAGUCUCUGUGCGCCGGAACAACAUAAAGAAGAAGAGAGCCCUUCGUCGGUUCCUGGAGACAGAGCUGGUGGAACCUUUAACACCCAGUGGAACAGCACCCAACCAAGCCCAGCUACGCAUCCUUAAAGAGACAGAGCUCAAAAGGGUCAAGAUCCUCGGCUCUGGAGCCUUUGGGACUGUUUACAAGGGAAUUUGGGUUCCAGAGGGUGAAACAGUGAAGAUUCCAGUAGCCAUUAAAAUCCUAAAUGAAGCCACUGGCCCCAAGGCUAAUGUGGAGUUCAUGGACGAGGCCCUGAUUAUGGCUAGCAUGGAGCACCCCCACCUGGUCCGCCUGCUCGGUGUCUGCCUGAGUCCCACCAUCCAGCUGGUCACACAACUGAUGCCUCAUGGGUGCCUGCUCGACUAUGUCCACGAGCACAAGGACAACAUCGGAUCCCAGCUGUUGCUGAAUUGGUGUGUCCAGAUUGCCAAGGGGAUGAUGUAUCUGGAAGAGCGUAGGCUGGUCCACAGGGAUCUAGCAGCCCGUAAUGUCCUGGUCAAAUCUCCCAACCACAUCAAGAUCACUGACUUUGGCCUGGCUCGCCUGCUCGAUGUUAAUGAGAAGGAAUAUAAUGCUGAUGGAGGAAAGAUGCCCAUUAAGUGGAUGGCCUUGGAGUGUAUACAUUACAGGAAGUUCACUCAUCAGAGUGACGUUUGGAGUUACGGAGUAACCAUCUGGGAGUUGAUGACCUUUGGAGGGAAGCCAUAUGAUGGGAUUUCCACCAGAGAUAUCCCAGACCUGCUAGAGAAAGGAGAGCGUCUUCCGCAGCCGCCCAUCUGCACCAUUGAUGUCUACAUGGUCAUGGUCAAAUGCUGGAUGAUUGAUGCAGACAGUCGACCCAAGUUCAAGGAGCUGGCUGCAGAGUUCAGUCGAAUGGCGCGUGACCCCCAGAGAUACCUAGUCAUCCAGGGUGAUGAUCGCAUGAAGCUGCCCAGCCCCAAUGACAGCAAGUUCUUCCAGAGCCUCCUGGAUGAGGAGGAGCUAGAGGACUUGAUGGAUGCUGAGGAGUACCUGGUACCCCACUCCUUCAACAUUCCACCGCUGGCAUACACUCCCCGCCCUCGCAUGGACUCCAACAAGAACCAGUUUGGCUACCAGGAUCCCAGUUUCAGCAUGGAGGACAUGCUGGCCACCCUCCCCAGGGUGGUCUCUGUUCCACCUGUGUCCGGGAGCUGCCUUCCUCCACAGGACCUGGCCUCAGUGGGGCAAAGGGGUGGUGGAUUUGGCCGUGGCAACCAGGAUGAUCCUCGAUGCAAUGGCACCCUGAGGAAGCAGGCCUCCCCAAGGUCAAGCACCCUUGGGGCUGGCUCAGCUCUCACUGCAGGACAAGGUGGAGGGGAGGAUAGUAGUGGACAGCGUUACAGUGCUGAUCCAACUGGUCUUUUAGCAGAACGAGGAACAAAAGCAGACAAGGACCAGGAGGGCCAUAUGACUGCCAUGAGAGACAAGAACAACUCAGACUAUCUCAACCCUGUGGAGGAAAACCCCUUCGUCACACGUCGGAGGAAUGGUGACGCCCAUGUAGUUAUUGAUGGAGCAGGUUGUCACACUCUGCACAUGGCUGCUGCUGCCCCCAAGAUCCAGCCCACCCACAGGGACGAUGAGUAUGUAAAUGAGCCACUGUACCUGAACACCUUUGUUAGCCCUGGGGACAAGAAUGGAUUGGCUGCUGCAGUCUCCAUCUCCGGCCCUGGGUCCUCUGCAGCCCAUUCAGUAUCGCAGACAGUCAACCCAUCAACAUCAAGCCACACUGUUUCAUCCACUGGAUAUGUGGUACCUCCUGGCCACCUCCCCCACCCAUCAUAUCCAUCACACACCCUGCAUCCAGGACAUUCAGGACACGCUCUGCACUCAGGCAUCACCAGCAGCACCAUCAUGUUUGAUAAGAAAGGCAAGAAGGCCACUUUUGACAAUCCUGAAUACUGGCAGCACAGUCUCCCCCCAAAGUCCUCACUGCACAACCCUGAGUACUUGCAGGACUGCAGCACACGCUUUUUCUACCGGCAGAAUGGACGAAUUCGCCCUGCUGUGGCCGAAAACCAGGAAUAUUUGUCCGAGGCUGCUAUGAAAGCUGGCAAUGUGUUGCCACCCCCUCCAUACAGACAGAGGAACACUGUGGUGUAGUGACCCACCUGUAGCACAAUAGAGGGAUGAAUAUAGGGACAAGGGUGGAAAUAAAUGGACAGUGAAAAGUCCUUUCUUUUCCUUGCAGUACUUCUCAACCUGGGUGUUCCCUGCACCCUCCCUGAUCAUUUCUCUCUGUUAUAUCUGAUUGCUAGUCUUUUAUUCUGCCCUCUAAGGUUCUGCCUUUUCCUGACAGGACCACAAUAACAGUCACUGACAGCCUCACUUGACACUCAUACCAUACUUUUAAGCUCCAUUCUUGGGCCCUAAAGCAAAUAGACAGAUCUCUUCAAGGUUGGUUCUGUUCUGGACCAAACUAUCUUUGCAUCUUUAGCACUUGUGAGGCACAGAAACAAUACAAUCAAAGAUUGAAAUUAGAUACUUAAUAGAAUAAAAAGGAGAGAGAAACUGAGGGUAGCCCAAAGACAGGAUUAUUGCCAUGACUAUACAUGAAUUAUGAUUGCUUUUCUUUAUACACCCAUAAAUUACUGUUCACCAUUUCACUGUUAUUUUACCUCAUUUGCCACCCAGCUAGAUGUGCACACUGCAGUAUGCACAAAUUGCUAUUGCUUGUGUGCAAUCUGUCAAAUGACACAUGCAUAUGGAUUUUUGUCAUGAUCUACUGGCAAACUUGCAGUCACGCUGAAGAGCCCAGAUGUGGCUUGCAUGUCUGUCCUCAUGCCUCUUUGACUUUUACACAUUUCAUAUUUUGCUGCACCAGUAAUGGUAUUCAAACAUUUAUCACACACAGCUCAUAUCGUACCUACAACAUGGUAACAUGUCUGCAGCCUUGACUAUAUAUUAGUAAUAACUAUACAUUAAUUCAGAAGUAAAUACACACACACUGACAGAUAAGCCCGCUGCCUCUUGAAAUAUAUUCUCAAGGAGAGGCUCAAUUGACCUUGUGCAAGAAGACAGAGAGUGCCGAUAAUGGCAGUCAGGGGUGCAGUGCAGAAGAAAUGUUCAACAAGAAAGUAAAUGUCACCACAGUUUUAUGGAAAGCUGUGAAAUUACUCAGCACUUGGUGAAAAGUAUUCAACAGAUUAUUGGCAUGGCGAGGGAGGGGUUUAAAAGGUUGAUCACUCAGAAGACGACCUUUAACUUCCCACACUGAGGUCCCUCCUGCUCUCCUUUUAUCCACACCAAUCCAGUCCGAAGAGCCAGCAAAUCAUCCAGUUCACUAUUACCUUCAUAAGAUCGUUGUAAGCAGCAUUGUGACUGACUUAACCAAUAAUGACUGCAGCACUAUAGGAUUGAUGUUUCAACGGAACUGGCACCUGGGGAUGGACAACUCUUUUUAACAGGGCAAGGAGCAUGAUUGUGGACAACAAUUAAACAAGCCAUGAGGGAAAGAUACAAGUUUAGAGUCUGGAUCAGACUGUGGUUUUUGUUUUUUCUUUCUUUUUAGGCAUCAGAGAUCUGUUUACUUUGUCACCUUGUCUUACAGUGGAUGUGGCUAAUGAAGGCCAGGGUAAACAGCACAGAAACCAAGCCCUGAAAGAGCACUGUGGAGAUGGCAAAGAGGCUAACCCUACAGAGGUGUAAAUAAGCCAAUUACAUGUCGUUACAAGACAGACAUAACCCCCAGAAAAAGGCACUGUGGACUGAGUUGCGUCUGGAAAGAUGUUUAAGCACAUCAAAAGAUGAGGAUAAAAGAUUUUUUCUUCACCUCUCUGUGUUCAUACUAUUGUCAUAAAAACAGCAAAACAGACAACAGGGCCUCGCUCUGUCUCUUAGGGUUAAGGUGGUUCAGGAGGAGAGACUGACAAAACUGUCUAAAGAGGCCUCCUCCAAAUUUUCACCAUGGAACACUACAAGAAAAUGGGACACUUUUUUUGUAUUGGUGUUUGACAUUAAUGGUGAGCCAUUACAAGUUAUCACUGAAUCCACUGAUGGCUAGCUUUCUGUACUCAUACAAAACUGCCAGAUGCCACAAUAAGCUCUGAUGGAGACCACUAGCAUCUGUUGUCAAAUGACUGACAGCCUAAUUUAGGCCGGGGUUGAUCAUUUAAUGGCACUUGAUGUUCUGGCAUAGCCAAAUGACUUUGCUGUUAUCCUCGCUCUAAGCGGCAAUUCAUUCAAUUUUUUCAUUAUGUUGUAACUAUAAUUCACAGCAAGACUAUAGUUUCCACUGCCUCAUGUUAUCUUUUUCAUGAGGCGUUUUACCAACAAAGGCAUAUCCCUACCCUCUAAAGAAUAUCACAGUACUAAUAAGGUUGGGCGAUAUGCUUAUUAUACCCCGUGUGAGGAUAGAGAUUUUCAAGUUUUCUGUACUAUUGAUGGCAAGUUAUCUAUCCCUUUAAAAUCUCAAAUUUACCAGACUUAUUACAAUACUGUUAAUAUACUGUAUUUUUGCACCAAUGUGAUGGAAUAACUUGGUUUUUCAGGGAUAUUAAAGGGGCACCCAUUAAAGGGCACCUCCACAAAGUUGGGAAUGCACAAGAGACAGAUUUUAAAAAGAACGGAUAAAGUCCCUAGUAUGGGUCAAGCAAAAUGCAGCUUGAUAGCAUCUACUGAUACCCUUCCUGAUUCCUAAAUUCCAACUUCUUUCUCACCCAACACAUUUAAUUUAUAAUGUAAACCUAAGACAUGAAACCCCUGAUGACCUUAUCAGGGUUUUAAAAAAAAAAAAAACUUUGGAAGGUGCCCUCAAGAGCCACAGAAGAUGUUAUACAACUGUUUUCACAAGCUGAGUUGUUCUCCUUGUGACAAGUACACUGAACAUCAUAUGACAUUCCCAUCUGGUUAUUUUAUCAUAGUUACACAGUUUUUUCUCAUUUGAUUUUCCAGAAAAGUUACUAUAUCAUCAUAAACAGAGAUAUUGCAAAAUGGAUCCACAAAUAACUUGAUAGAAGAUUUACUCCAUAUCGCCCAGAUUAUAAUACCAUGAAAGGUGUAGACUGGCUAAUGCUUGUUUAUGUCUUACUGCUUACAUACCAAUACACAACCAAUGUUAUACAACCUUGUGCCUCUACAUCAAAAAUACUAGGUGGAGGGGAGAUUGAGACAAGCAGUGCUGGUGAUUUACCGUCUUGACACGCAGAUGUUGCUCUGGCACAGUGUUUUUUCUCUCCCUCUCAGGUUUAAUGGAGAAUAAUAAUCAUCCAGUUGAGUUCCAGCUGAGGCAUGAGUUGCCACAUCUUAAAGGGAUGUCAGACAUAUUGAAAUUAAAGUAUAAUGGAAGACAGAUUAGUGCCAUAAUUAGUGCCAUUUACAGUAGAUGCAGUGCUGAAAUUUGCAACUCAAUGGAAAUGUGAAUUUUAUAGAUGGGGCGGGGAACAGGGUUUAAAUGGUCAGUCUUGACUUCAGCACUGUAUUAAGUAUCACUUUGGUAUUGACAUUGCUCUGUUAACCUCAUUUAGCUGUGCUAGAUCUGUUCUCACUUUCUGAGAUCUUGAUUGUUCUGCUGAUUUCAGAUUUACUUGUUUAAGCUUACACUUACUGUAUGUAUACAUUCUUUUUGUAUAUGUGUGCAAUGAAAGUGUCCUUUUUGUUUUUAGAGUUGAAAGUCACUUAUAUAAGUCUAUUUUUACCAUCAUGCAUAAGGUAUUAGUUGUGGUGCUUGUAGACUACUGUAUGGCCGUGUGUUUAAGUGCAAUGACAGCAGUGGAGAGUCACCAAAAGGUUCUGUAAUGGAUCUCUAUGGGAAAAUAAAGCCAAUCUUCUGGAGGAGAAAGCCUGCUGCUGCUGUCAACCAGCAGGCAUCACAAGGGGCUUUUAGCUUUUUGAAUGCUAAUUCAUCCACUUUCACUUGUUGUUCUAUGGGGAAAUCAUGUUACCCAACAUCUCACCCAGUGCACCAGCUGAGAAACCCUGAACAACAGGCAAUAGGCUGUAAUCCUGCAGCGAGGUUAAAACCAAGGUAUUAGCAUUCCAGAAAUGUUACAAGACCAAUGCAUCAAUGUUACAAAAGCUAGCAGGAGAGAAGGUGCAACUACACUGUAACUGGCAGAGGAGACCAGAGUUGAUUGCCAUUCUUUCUUUCUCCUCAGAGGUGACUGUAGAAUUGUAUGUAGCAAACACUGUUCUGCAGCUGAAGCACUGAAAACUGAAAAGUAGGUUUGUGUGGAGUGAAUACGAACAAUGACCAAAACAGUCUGGAGAGGAAAAGUGAUUGUGGUCAAAUGUUAACAUGAGUCAUAGUUUCAUGUGAAAAGAUAUGUUGUAAGCCUCAUAGGUACAGUAGAUAUUUAAAGGAGCACAAUAACUCUCAAUACUUAAUGCUCACUCAGAAAACCGGCCUUAUAGUAACAGUUCUAUUUAUUUUGUGCAUCUACUUCUGUUUUCUUGGUUUAGUGUAUUUUUAAAUAUCUGUAAUCAUAUGUAUUGUAAAUAGUUUGUAAAGUUUUGUUUUUACUCUUGUUUUUGCUCUUCAGGGUCUCAUUGUGAAUUUUUUGAUAUGCAGUUUGAAGGCUUUGUCAUUUUAUGGCUGUCCUGUUUUCUUGUUGUAUCCACUCUAAAGCAAUUACUAAUGUCCCAAUUUAAGGGCUGGAUGUUUGUCAUUCAAAGGAACUGAGGUCCAGGCUGAACCUGCAUAUUGUUUCUAAAUGAGACUAGAUUAACAUGUGUUCAGGUGCUCCUCAUUAGCUCAUUUAGUUUUAGUUUUAGUUGCCCUCAGACAUGACACGUGUGACAAUUAAAUAUGUUUGCAACUUUUUAUUGGUUACUAACUUCAUAUGAUUAUCAGUGAUAGAACAGCUGAGAAGAAAAUAUGUGGUAAAUAUGACAUGGUCACAUGGCAUUUACCAGUUUUUCGGGUUGACGAGGACAGCUUAUUAUUAUUAUUGUACAAUUGAUUGUGGAAAGAUUAAGACUAGAAAUGAUAGACCAGUUGUGUCCUUCAAAGCAAAGGCAGACUUCACUUUUCAGUAACAUUCUGCACGACCUUUGAAAUGGGACAGGCCUUGUUAGACCAUUAAGACAUACCCUGCUCAGAAAUUAGGACUUCGGAGGGUCCAGCCCCUGAACUGGGACAGUGACUAUAUUUAUAGUGUGUGCUCUAUUUCCUAUUUCUAUGCUUUGAUUAGUCAUACCAUGAUGACAUGUUUUCACAGCAUAAUUUAAUUUCAUCCACCUGUGGUGUAAAUGGUCUUUCUGUAUUGGAUGAACACGUUACAUCUCAGAGAACCUCAAUUAAUUACACAACGAGAAGUUGUUUUGUUUAAUGCACCAUCACACAAAAAGCAGCUGACAAGCACAUAUACAUAUUCUACCUUUGAAAUAGAAUCACUGUGUAUUGCUGUCACAUUCUUAUUUUACUCUGAUUCACGUGUAUAUUCUACUGUGUCAUGAUGGGAAAGAUGACAGUGGUUGAGUAAGCACAGUUUACUAUGUAUUUAAUAGAUGGUAAAACUGUAAAAAUUGAAUUAAUUAUGGUCUUUUAACAAAAUGACAAGGACAUUCAGAUAAUGUUGCUCAACAGUUUUACCAUUGUUAAAAAAAUAAAAAAUAAAAAAAGGGGAUAGUAUUUUUAUAGGUAGACAAAAAAGUGGCCAGGUAUAUCUGUAAAUAGGGCAAUGAUGCUUCUUUUUCCCAGGUGAAGCUAUUUUUUGUUGUUUGUUUUAGUUUUUAUGCAUCAUUGCAUUUUUAGUGGUCUACUGUAUCUUAUUUUUUUUCUUUGGGGAAUAUCUUUUCUGUAUGUAUAUAAAUAUAUAUAUACAGUAUAUAUAUAUAUUAUGUAAAUGUAAUUUGAAGAGUGAACUCUGACUUUAAAAACGCUUGCAGGGUCUCUUGUCACCCACACCCCAUCAUUUCCCCUGUGAUUGUGUGAUUGUGUUUUCAGCACAACUUGGUGGAUUUUGUGUUUCGACCUCUGCUCUUGCUCACUUUAUGGGAGUGAUUUUUUUUCUUUUUUACUGUAUUAUACCCACGCUACCCUCCAUGCUUCUCUCAGUAUUACCCACCUCUUAAGAUUUUUUUUUUAAGAUUUUGUACACUCUAAAGAUGCUGUUGCAAAACUAAUGAAUAUUCAAUAUUUAAUCCCUUUUUUCUCUCAGUAUUUUCCUAACAAAUGUUAUUAAUCCAUCAGUGUGAUUUUACACUCUGAGUUUUGAGGACCUACUUUAUAUUAUAUCUCCUUCAGCAGUUUAUUUGUCACCAUUGAGCUCAGUCAUUGUUUACUUUCAAAUGGUAUUCAGCUCUUUAUCCACUUGUGGCAAUACUGAUUGAAUGGUGUAGCAAUAUCAUGUCACAGCUCUGAGAGUGAAGUAAUGACGUAUGCGAAACCAAAUGGAAAACAGUUUGUAUGGUCUGAACUGAUGAUUUAAAUGACUGAUAUCUGCUUUUACAGAAAGGUUGGUAGGCUCUAUUUUGGCUUCAUAAAAUGCUCACUCUUUCCUAUAAGUCACAUUUUACAAGAAGCUAAUCUUUUAAUUUAAUGAGAUUUUGACAGGUCUUUUUGGAAGUUUGGCCCUUCUGUCACCUUACCUAAUACAUGACAUGAGGGCUGUCACCAAAAUCAUCAGGGUUAGUUAUUUUCAUUGUGGCAUUGUAGCAAAUAUGGAUGCACAAUUUGAUACCAUAGGAUACCAUAGGUCGAUCAUACACUUUCCAUUGUAAAGUGUUGAACUGCCUUUGAUGACUUUGGUAGCAAUCCUGUCUUCUUAUAUAAUAUCCAGCAUUUACAUAGUGUAAAGUGGGCAUUUUGGCAAACUCCUCAAAAGUCUUUGAAUCUGUUUAAAAGUACACUGAAGUUUGGAAGAAAGUAUAUUCUGUCAUAAAAAUGACCAUUUCUUCAUAUCAUCUCCUCAGAAUGACUGAGAACUAAGUUUUAUAGACCAUACCCUGUCACAUAUUACCAGAUUUAAAUGUUUCUUUUCACUGGUUAAUUGACACAUUUCCCAAACUAGAACAUUUAAAUACGUAUUCCCUCUGUUUUGUUACAUGAAUCUGUCAAAACUAUAUUUUUAAUUCAAUAUGAAUAAAGAUCAGUCAAUAUUUAAAA